CUCCUCUUAUGCUCUGCUGUUGGCAACAAUUGAAUUUCGAUUGACGCAUUCUAUCUACUCACCUCGAGUAAAUUUCGGAAGGAGGAUUUGAGCGACCAGCACAAGCAAGCGCAUCAUUUUGCUAGCUCCAAUUUCAUUUCUAAACGUAGAUAAUUCAUAUUGCUUUAUUACUAAUGUCAAUGAGCAGAGCCAAAAAUCAAUCCGGUCUCAAUUGAAGGACAGACACUGACGCACGGACAGAGAGUAGAAUGUGGCCUGCAAAGGGUGACCCCGGUUUUCGAGGAGUCGGCAACGCCCCCAUGCCGCAACAAUGGGCGCUUAACCCAGCAGCUUACCAGAAUAUGUCGAAUGAGCAAGUUGAUUGGGCCCGAUUGGCGCAGCAAUGGAUCAUGAUGAAGGACUCGAUACCCAUGGCACCACCACCGCCUCACUUGUCAAUACCUCAACCUGCUCCUCCGGGAUCAACGGUAUUGGAAGAGGAAGGUGGAGAAGCACCCAUGGACAUCAGCAAGGAUGAAGAUCUAUCUCACCCAGGAGGAGAUAGUCAGCCAUGGAAUAAUGGCAACAACUGGCAGCAACCCUGGAAUAGGCAGGGUUAUUGGUCCAAGAAUGAAGGACGCUUUCCACCCUCUGGUCAUGACUUAAACAGAGGUGAAUACUAUAGUAGUUGUUAUGACAUUCCAGGAAAAUCCACAGGUUACAACAGUCACGGCUUUGAUGGGAUGCCGGGUGGUCCAGGACAACAUCAAAUGGCUCCAUUCAUCAGGCCAAGGCAUCAAUGGGAAGGCAAGAACAUGAAGAUUGACCGGCGUUUCCAGAAUGCUGCGCAAAACGCACCUACAGUGGUACCAGAAGAAGAACCAGCGCCUGUGAUAGAUGCGGCCAAGAGGAGAACUUUGCCUUCAUGGAUUAGGGAAGGUUUGGAGAAAAUGGAAAGAGAGAAGCAGAAGAGAGAAGAGAAGGAGAAGGUGGAGCAAGAGCGGGAAGAAGCCAAGCGGCAGAGACUCAAGGAGGAACAGCAAGCGCUUCUGGAGCUGGAGGCUGAGAAGACCGGCAUCCCUGUUAAGAGCAAAUUUGAAUCUGACUCUGAAGAAGAUGAUGGUGAAGAAGAAGAAGAGGAAGAGGAGCUAAAGCCUGUCACUCUUCCAGAACAGACGCCCAGACCGAGACGCCGUUUCCAUGAUGGCCCUGUAGAACCUGAAACAAAAUCUCCAUGGGCUGAAAAGCCUAUGCUGAGUUACGCGGAAUUAAUGUUGAGUGUGAGAAGGACAAUGACGGAAUUGCUUGCAGAAGUGACUAACAGUGAGAUUGAAACACUGGGUGAAGAAGCUUUGAGAAAAGCUUUGACAAAAGCUUCAGCAAAACGUCAGCCAGCAAAGAACAACGUGGCUUUAGCCCCAAGCAAAACUAGCCUGGGUCUUGCCAUAUAUGGCUCUGAAUCGGAAGGCUCCAGCUCCGAGUCGGAUACUGAAGAUCCUCGAAACUCCUCAAAAAGUCGAACAAACCUAAGGCAAGACUCCGACAACGACUCGGAUGAAGACAUCAAGGAAACCAUCCGCAAGAAACAGCAAGAAUUUGUCGUCAAGGAGAGGGAGAUAGCAGCCAUCGUCGCCGAAGCCAAGGAGAGAGAGCAAAAGGCAGCGUUGAAUAGUGUUAAAUCAGGUGCUGAGUCUGUUGAGAGUGUGAAGGACUCUACGGAUAUUGGCCAGCCACAGAGACAGGUAGAGAGCAUUAAGGAGCAUUCAAAUGCCGAUGAGGGGAAGAAUGGGAAAAGUGCCAAGAUUGACAAGACUGAGAGAAAACAGCGGUCUCGUUCGAGGUCCUCCAGCGCAUCCUCUAGCAGCAGCCACAGCUCCCAUAGCUCCCGCCAAAAGAAAAGGAAAAAGGAGAAGCGCGAUCAAGUCAGAGUCCGAGAUAGGAAAAAAGAUAGAAAGAGACGAAGGAGCUCCUCUGGCAGCCGAAGGAGCAAAUCUCCCAGGCACCGGAGUAAGUCUCCUAAGAGGAGGAACUCUCCGAGAGAUCGUAAAAGAAGGGGCAGUCGUGACAGGUCGAGAACUAGAAGAAGGCGGUCCCGAUCCUCCGACAGCUACCGGAAGACACGACGCAGGAGCAGAUCCAGGUCGGAUUCUUCAAGGAGGCGACGGAGGCGGAGGAGCACUUCUUCUAGUUCUAGCUCAUCUGACAGAAGGAGUAGGAAAAGGAGAUAAUUUUUUUCAUCGGGAUUUUUGCUCCUUGGGCGCGUUUUAAUUGCACCUAAAAAGUGUAGCGUUUCAAUUAUAGUCGUGAAUAUAUUUUAAUAGUAUUCACCACUCCUUAAUAAAUAUGGGCCCCUGACAGUUGAACUAAGAGAUUAAGAUUAGCAUAGCCUUGUCAUAGAAGACAUGAGCCAGCACUUUUCAUUAUCUUUCUCGUUAAAAAGAACCUUUUACAGUCAUUUCUGCAAUUCAUUGCUUCUCCUUAUAUGAAGAUUUCUUUUGCAGGCUUAAUAAAAAUCCACUCCAAUGUAAAA